GAAAAAAUGGAAUAGAAGCACUAACGCCAGAUGCGUCCUGUCCUCUAUUCUGAAUUUAGUUACAAACAUUUAUUUUACUACAUAGAACAAACUUUAUUGGCUACUUCAAGGCAUAUAUAAGGUAUCUCUGAGAUGCAGGACCGUGUGUGUGCCUGAAGCAGACCCACCCCACCAGUCAUCUCCUCAUCCCCCCCUCCACACCCUCAGCAGCAUGGACGUGGAAGACUUUCCCCCACCCCCUCCUGAAAUGUUGGCAGGGGACAUGGCGCUAGAAGACGAAGAGGAGGGCGAGCAGUUUGACUUUGACGACAGCGGAGACGACAUCCCAGAGGCCGACCGGCCUCCCCCCGCCCCUCCGGCCCCCGACUACACAGGGCAGGGCAUGCCGGGAGGUGAGUGCCCCCCUCCACCACCCAGGGCCGCAGCUGCCACCAACCCUGCCCCUGCCCCUGCCCCUGCUCAGCCCCACCCAAACCCCAACCCCAACCCUGAGGCCUGUUCCGCCCCAUCCACCACAACCACAGACUCCACCACCACAGACCCAGACCCAGACCCAGGGUUCCCUCCUCCACCCCCAGAGGAAGAGGAGACUGGUGAAGCCCUCAGCAGCACCGUAACCACUAACUCCACCCCGAUGACCCCCAACUCCACCCCUUCCCCAGCUGCCCCCGUGCCCCCACCUGCUGCUGCUGCUGCUGCUUCUGAGGCCCCUCUCCCCCCACCCUGUCAGGACGCUACAGGAACCCCUAACGCCUCAGCCCCAGAGACUGACCUGCCUCCGCCUCCUCCUGAGGAUGCUACUCCUACUACUGCUGCUGAUAGCACUACCAAUACCACUGCUGCCACUCCAGGUGUUGACCCUGGACAGAAAGAUGAAGGAAUGUCCAACACGCACCCCAGACCCCCCCUCGCUGCGCCCAGGAGCACCUCCCAGGGGAAGGUCAACCCUUACUCCGUGAUUGACAUCACCCCCUUCCAACCACAGCUGCAGAGCCAGGCCCAGAGCCAACCCCAGGCCCAGGCCCCCCCCCAGCCCGCUGCUGCUGCUGCAGUGCCCGCCUCUCCUUCCUCUCCCGCUGCCCAUGGCUCUGAGAGGGAACCGGAGGCGCCGCAGGAGGUGGCGGUGCCCAGCAGUCCUGGCGUGGUGUCGGGCUACUCCGUGCCGGUGCCCUGUGGCUAUGCCCGGCCCUCCAAUGUGCCCAUGAUCACACCAGCGUACACCACACCUGUCAUCAUCAGACACCUCUCUGUGGAUGAGGAUGUAACAGUGGUGGGCACAGCAAACACGUCUGGUGACAGUGUGUUUACAGAAGAGUAUCCCGUCAUCAGAGAGGAGGAUGCCCUGACUAAGUGGGUGUCUGAUCCUGCAAACACUGCCUGGAUGGAGAGUCCGGACGAGGUGAUCUAUGAUGACGUGCCUCGAGAGAACUCUGACUCGACAGACCCUGAUGAGAUGAUCUACGAUGACGUGGAGCUGGGGGACGAGGGCAGCUCACUGGACAACGGCUGGAGCUCCAGCGAGUUUGAAAGCUACGGCGAGCAGAGCGAUGGCGAGGGCCACGGCGAGAACGGGGUCCCCGACGCAUUCGUACGCCGGCGGACACCCAGCCGCAGAACCCAUCUCUCUCAAGAUCUGACUCGUUUGAAAGAACACUAUGAGAAAAAGAUGAAAGAUCUCAUGGCUAAUGCUGUGGGGACAGUAGAACUGCAGCAGCUCAAACACAAACACGAGCAGAAGGUGCAGAAGAUAGUGAAGGCAGCCAAAGAGGGCACCAAAGAUGGCCUGGAGAAGACCAAAGCAGCCGUGAAGAAGGGCAGAUCCUUUAUCAGAACCAAAUCCUUCUGCUCCGAGCGGAAGUCGGCCUGCUUCGAUGAGGAGGAGGCGGACAUGUUCAUUGAUGUGGACUGCCUGGGAGUGGAGCCGGUGCUGAGCCCCGCCCCUGAAGGCCUCUCACAACAACAGGUGGUGCGGAGGUGUAUUCUUGGCUCGAUAUUGGAGAGUGAGAAGAAUUACAUUUCGGCGCUGAAGCGCAUAUUAGAGCAAUAUGAGAAGCCCUUGUCUGAGCUGGAGCCCAAGCUGCUGAGUGACCGUAAGUGUAAGAUGACGUUCUACCGCGUGCGGGAGAUCCUGCAGUGCCACUCCCUCUUCCAGAUAGCCCUGGCCAGCAGGGUGGCUGACUGGGACAGCCUCGACAUGAUCGGAGACGUCUUUGUGGCCUCUUUCUCCAAAUCUAUGGUGCUAGACGCCUACCGGGAGUAUGUGAAUAACUUCAGCACGGCCAUGGCAGUCGUCAGAAAAGCCUGUGCCACCAAGCCCAGUUUUCUGGAGUUUCUCAAGCAUCGGCAGGAGACCAGUGGUGACCGUGUGACUCUGUACGGUCUAAUGAUGAAGCCCAUCCAGAGGUUUCCCCAGUUCAUUCUCCUGCUGCAGGACAUGCUGAAGAACACUCCGGUGGGCCACCCCGACCGCCUCCCCCUGCAGAUGGCCCUGACGGAGCUGGAGACGCUGGCCGAGAAGCUCAAUGAGAAGAAGAGGGAGGCCGACCAGCGCUGCGAGAUCAAGCACAUCGCCAAGGCCAUGAACGAGCGAUACCUCAACAAGCUGUUGAGCAGUGGCAGCAGGUAUCUGAUCCGCUCGGACGACAUGGUGGAGACGGUGUAUAACGAGCGCGGCGAGAUCAUCAAGACCAAGGAGAGGCGCCUCUUCCUGCUCAACGACGUGCUCAUGUGCGCCACGCCCAACGCACGGUCACCCCAGGAAGGCGGCGGAGGGGUAGCCCCCACCUCGGGCCAGAAGUACCUGCUGAAGUGGAGCGUGCCGCUGAACUUGAUGGAGGUGCUGGAGUUCGGCUCCAGCGAGGAGAUGGGGGACGCCGGACGCUUCCCCACGCCACACUCCGGGGAGAAGGUGGUCAUCAACGCCAAACCAAACAAGCUGUACAUGGGCCCGGGACAGCUGUACCAGGAUCUGCAGAACCUCAUCCAUGACCUGAGCCUCGUCAACCAGAUCUCGCAGAUGAUUGGCAGCCUGAAGGGAAACUAUCAGAAUGUGAACCCUACGGUGGCGCAGGACUGGGUGUCUGGUCUGCAGCGGCUCAUCCUGAAGAAGGAGGAGGAGAUCCGAGCGGCCGACCGCUGCCGAAUACAGCUGCAGUUACCUGGGAAACAAGACAAAACUGGAAAACCCACACAUUUCACUGCCGUCUUCAACACCUUCAGUCCUGCUGUCAAGCAGUCGUGGAUCAGCAAUCUGCAGAUGGCAAAGCUGGCCUUAGAGGAGGAUAACCUGCAAGGCUGGUUCUUCGCGGAGGACGAUGGGAACCAGAUCAAGAAGCAGAAGCAUCCACUGCUGCUAAAGCAGAUGCCUGUGGUCAUGUCCAAGCUGCAGGAGUUCAAGGUGGAGUGUGCGGUGCACAAUCCAGAGCCUCACGUGAACAGCGAGAGCACAGCUGACAUGCCUGCACUUGGUCAUGGCUUUGUGUGGGUGGCCAGCUGCACCAAUCAGAUGGGCCAGAUCGCCAUCGUGGCCAUGCAGAACUCCAGCCCCAAGGUCACCGAGUGCUUCAACGUGGAGUCGCGCAUCCUCUGCAUGGCAUACGUGCCCAUGGAGGAGGGCAUGGCCAACGGGCAAGCAGAGGGCAGCGGCUCGGACGCGGACUCCCAGCAAGGGAAGAGCAGCCUCACCCCCACCAUCUGCCUUGGCAUGGAGGAAGGGAGUAUUUGUGUUUACAAAAGCAGCCAGCGGUCCAAGAAGGUCCGGUUGCAGCAUUUCUUCACCCCGGAUAAGUCCACGGUGACAUGCCUGGUGCAUACGGGCCGCUGUCUGUACGUGGGCCUGGUCAGCGGCUCAGUUGCCAUCUACUCCAGAGCAACAGAUGGUUCCUGGGACGCGGCCUCUCCUAAAGUGCUGAAGCUGGGGGUGCUGCCCAUCAAAGCGCUGCUCGCGGUGGAGGACCACGUCUGGGCCUCGUGCGGCGGGCAGGUUUUCAUCGUGGGCACGCAGACCCAUGCAGUAGAGCGCCAGCUGGAGGCUCACCAGGAGGAGGGCAUGGUGGUGUCCCACAUGGUGGUGGCGGGCGUGGGCAUCUGGAUGGCCUUCAGCUCGGGCUCCACUCUGCGCCUCUUCCACACCGAGACCCUGGAACACCUGCAGGACAUCAACAUCGCCACGCCUGUCAACAGCAUCCUGGCAGGGCACCAGAGGGUUUCUGUGAGCAGUCUUCUGGUGUGCCACAGCCUGCUUCUCGUAGGCACCAACCUUGGAGUGAUCGUGGCCCUCUCCGUCCCUCGACUGCAGGGAAUCCCCAAAGUCACAGGCAGGGGCAUGGUGUCCUUCCACGCUCACAACAGCCCAGUCAAGUUUCUCACCAUGGCAGCGGCGGUCUGCAACCUACCACAGGGCAGCCUGUCUGGCAGCCCGCCCACCCAGCGAGCAGCAGCAGCUCCCGAUGGGGAAGGGCCCCCCAGCUCGUUUGGCCCUGCACCAAACGGCACCACUACCACCACAGUGUCAGACCAGCCAGGUGAUGCCAUCAGCAGCAGCAGCAGCGGCAUCGGGAGCCCCUCUGCGGCCGAAGCCGAAGACGCCCUGUCCUGCGGGUCCCUGGCGCUAUCCCAGGGAUCCCUGGAGCACGGGCCAGAGGACGGCGCCAUAUACGAGCAGCUCAACGACCCCGCCUACACCCAGAAGGGCAAGCGCAGCCAGAAGGUGGACGUGAGCUCGCUGCUGGUCGUCUCGGGAGGUCUGGGUCACCGCCGGGUCAACCGGAAGACCAAACCAUCGCGCCAUGAGGAGACCACCUCCACCAUUAUGGUGUGGCAGAUCCCUCUGGCUAAUGUUUGAGAGAGAGGAAAGCAAGAAGGGGAAAGGGAGCAGUAUGGCAAGUGAGAGCAUACUUAACAGUACAUGUUACCAAAACUUCAGAACAAGCCCCACUCUGCCUCAGGGUUUGAUCUGUAAGGGCUUCUCUUUAGGGGUGAAAAGGCAGAAGAGGGAAGGGGAGGUGCUGUUCUACUUGAAAACAGUCAGGUUCCUAUGGAAACCCACUGUGUGUGUGUCUUUGCUAGGGAACAAACAUUCACAGUUGGGUCACAUGAGGGAAUAGAAUUUGGAAGCGAGUGUAUCAAACGAAAGGUCAUGAGGGGUGUAAACUGGACGGAUGUUCCAAACUCAGUGUUGAUGAUAGGCUAUAAGGGCACAGAAUCAAAGCUUAGGAACCACUUUGAUGUCAGGGCACCUGCAACAUGGACUCAUGGUUAUGAACAUGCAUAACCAACCUUUGUAUACGGCAAUGUCUUUUUCGAGAAACUGAUUUUAAAAAAAGAGGAAUAACACGGCUAAUAUCCAGUUUUGUGCUGGAUGUGUACUGUACCUAUUUCUACCUUUUUUUGGGAGGGAGGGUUCUACUUUUCAGUUGUUGACCUAGAAUACCAUAUGCAAUGUGCAUAAUUCAUUCUUCCUUUCCAUUCUUUUUGUUACAAAGAAAAUUUAACAGUGUGUCAACAUUCUGACACGACUCUUGUCUCCAGGACUCUGGAUCUGUUGUACCGUACUCUUAACUGCCCACAUAAAUAUUUCAAGAAGUGCUCAACAAGCACAUGCAGUAGUAAGUAAGAUAUAGGGGUAAACCACGCCCAGGAAAUGGCCAUGAUGUGUUGACUGCAGUUUCUGCUGAUAAGUGUUUGUAAUGACGAGGGAGAAAAAUCAAGAUUGCAAAGGGAAAACACUGGCUGGCCAGGUUCCUAUUGUGAGUCUUGAACGAGACUGAGAUGUGUUUUUUAUAUAUAUAUCAAAGAAGAGGAAUCCAUCACAAACCUAAAUUAAGCUUGAGACUUAAAAAGUGUAUUUAAAUUAACCAAAAAAGCUUUAUACUGAACAAUUUUAUGUUGUAUUCCUGUUGUGUAUAUUAACAUUUAUGAAAUUGUGUAUCCCAUCGUUUUGAUGUCUUUUCAUAUUUAGUUUCUGUUGUCAAAUUAUGCCUGUCUCAAAAGAUUAAUAAUUAAACGAUGUACUAAAGAUUUCA